AUGAAUGUUUCGAACCCGAAAUCAAACUUUUUUGACGAUAAUUUUCAAAAGUUGGCACAUAUAGGGAGGGGUGGGUUCGGAGAGGUAUAUCACGUGAGGCAUAUGAUUGAAGGGGAAGAGUACGCGGUAAAAGUAGUCAAGUUCCUUGACAUUUAUGGGGAUCACAAAAGACAGGAAAUAUUAAAAGAAGUGCAAAAUUUAGUUAAAUUGCGCUCAGAUUUUGUGGUGAAUUACCGCAACUCAUGGCGUGAAGACAAUCAUCUGUACAUUCAAAUGGAUUAUUAUCCACAAAAUCUACAGACAAUUAUCGAUAAUAAGCACAUUGUGUUUGGGAGACAAACGGGAGAACUGAUGAAAAUAUUUGAGUAUUUUAUUUCGUGUGAAAUAAUUAGAGAACUCUUAGAGAGUGUGAAAUAUUUACACGAUUUGUGUCCACCGGUUAUCCAUCGAGACCUCAAACCGUCAAAUGUGUUGAUUUCACAAAAUAGUAAUAACUCUCGGUUUAUACGGUUGUGUGACUUAGGAUUGGCCACCAGUCAUGACAUGACAUCCAUGAGCCACACCUCUAAUGUCGGAACCGCACAAUAUAUGGCACCAGAAAUAUUUCAACCCCGAUAUACAAUCAAAGUAGACAUCUAUAGUCUGGCAGUGAUUGCGUUUCAUUUGUUUGAUUUAUUCAAUAUUGAAAAUCCAAUAGAAAAAUACAAAUCGACCGCAUUUUCAACAACCGGCCGACCAGUGGUCGAGUACUCGACGACUACAACGAGUGGUCAAGUCGAGAAUGUGUCCCGAAAUGAGGGAAUGGAAGGGAAAGUGAGUGUCGGAGAGGAAGGAAACACACCUCAGGAGAGACACAAACGGGAAGAGAGAAACCAAAGCCAUGUUUCAAUUGGUGUUACUUUAGGUCAUAAAUCACGUGAUAUUCAAAGCGAUAGAACGGAUCAAUUGUCGACACGAGUGAUGAGUAGUUCGGCCGCCGGUGGAGACAAACCGUCUGUUUCUAAAGGAAAUGCCAGUAAAUUGAGGACAAAAUUUGAAAGUAUGGCCCAAAACGAAAAAAUGGUUUCUAAACGCAGAGCCGAUGAGGAGAGGGACAGACGUCUGGAGCGCGAGAAACACAAGAAGAAAGCCGAGAAAGAGAUACAACAAGUGGUGACUAAAGCGGCGGUUAAUCCCGAGUCCGACGCAGAGAAACAAAACUUGAAUUUCGUGAAAACCGCGAAACCGAGUAAUAAUAGCGAUUCGCUGACAGGACUGACGGCUACGGCUCUGUAUGACUACAAAGCGGCCGAUUUGGAUGACAUUAGUUUCCAUACCAAUGAGUUGGUCACUGAUAUAGAGAUGAUCGACGAGGGCUGCUGUCGGGGCCGGUGUGGCAACAGAAUGGGUCUCUUUCCGGUCAAUUAUGUGCAAUUCAAUCAAAUGACUGAAUCAGAAAUCACUGACAAAGACAAUGAUAUAGCGAUCGCAUCGAUUGUUGGCAAUAGUCUAGCAAUUGAUCCCAAAUAUAAGUCUAUCGAUAAUGAAGUAGACAUUAAUUGUAUUCAAUUAUUUCACGGUUUCGAUGACAACAAAGGGUUUAAUGUAUUGUUUGCCAAAAACGAUGGUAUGGUUUACGGCAUGGGAUCUAAUCAAUGGGGAAGACUUGUUGUGGUUAUAAUCACUCACUUGUGGUCACCGGUGAUGACUGUGUCUACGGAUGGGGUAAUAAUAGUUAUGGACAGUUGGGUUGUGGGGAACAGCAAUCAAAUAAAAUAA